AAUAUAAAUGUAUGUGUAUACAUGUAUGUAGUUUUAUAUACUUUGUAUCCAUUAUAAAUAUAUAUGUCUAGCCCACACAAAAGCAUUUAAAUUCACGUUAUCCUAUCUAUAUUUUGUGAGUAUGUCGAUAUGUUGUCUUACUGAAACUGUACUCAUUACCGUGAAUAAUAAAAGAAGCAUUCAGUGAAGCCAAAAUAUCUAUUCUAUUCAAAAGAUCUAAUCUUCUUCAAACAUUGAAUUUGGAAACCUGUUUUAUUAGUAAUUUUGGAAAGAAAUUUGUAUUAUGAUUAUUUAUUUGGUUUGAACAAGUGUUUAGUUGACAAUUGAACAUGUAUUGCAUUACGUGAAAUAGACGUUCCAUUAUUGUAGUUGAAUGGAAUUAGUUAAAAACUUGAAUGUUCUGCAGUAUAUGGAACAAAUACAAUGGAAUUAUUUAACAAUAGUUAAUCAUCACAAUAAAAUCACAGAAGUAACUUGAAUGAUUAUUACAAAUAUGUUAUUGAAUUAACGAUAUCUUAUCAAAACAUUUUUAUCUAUGUAUAUACUACUUAUAUACAUGAAUCAAAUUAUUUAUAUGAUAAUCUUAAUUUCAUAAAAUGAAUACAUUACAUUGGGCAAGUGGAGCGAAAGCUGCCAAUAUAGAUGGUACAAUGGGAGUUUAUGGUCAGUUAGACAAAUCAUACGGUACGCGACCUUAUAGUGGUAUGGUUGGCGCUGGUGGAGGAAGUACAGGUCUAUCUAAUCCAUCUAAUCACUAUACACAUACAGGAAGUGUAUUUUCUCAUGGUUCUACGAAUGCACCAUUAUGUAGUUCAUCACAGGAAACUUGUACAACACAACAAAAUCGUAGUCAAACAGAUACACAUGAAUAUACUAAAUUAUUAUCUUCAGGUACAAGUUUACAUACUAAUUAUAAUUCCCCUAAUCUAUCUCAUUUACCAUACAGUAUUUCAGAAACUAAACUUAAUGAAAAAUUAUUAGAUAAUGUUAAUUAUUGGCAAAAAACAUUUCAUACCAAUGAACCAUCAUUUGAUAAUUCAUAUAAUAUUAUAGAGAAGACAUCAUCAUCAACAACAACAACAACAACAAGAACAAUCCCACCAACAAUUACAUCUCAUUUAAAUUCAAUAACUAAUGAUAAUACUAUACAAUUACAUCAUAUUCCAACUACUAAUCUACAUCAUACUAUAACACAAUAUUCACAUGAAAAUCAACAACGUAUUGUAUUAAAUAUAUCAGGUUUACGUUUUGAAACACAAUUUAGUACAUUAAGAAAAUUUCCAAAUACAUUAUUAGGUAAUCCAAAAAAAUUAGAUCGUUAUUAUGAUUCAUUAAGAAAUGAAUAUUUUUUUGAUCGUAAUCGACCUAGUUUUGAUGCUAUAUUAUAUUAUUAUCAAAGUGGUGGACGUUUACGUCGUCCAGUUAAUGUACCAAUUGAUGUAUUUACUGAAGAAAUUAAUUUUUAUGAAAUUGAUGAAGAUGCAAUUGAAAAAUAUCGUGAUGAUGAAGGUUUUAUACGUGAAGAUGUAAAAAUUUUACCAAAAAAUAAAAUUCAACGUAAAUUAUGGUUAUUAUUUGAAUAUCCUGAAAGUUCUAUAGCAGCACGUUGUGUUGCUAUAUGUUCAAUAUUUGUUAUUAUAUUAUCAAUUAUUAUAUUUUGUAUUGAAACAUUACCAUCUUUCAAACAUUAUAAAUUUGUUAAUUUAUCUUCAUAUAAUAUAACACCUAUAUCAUCACCCCCGUCAUCAUUAUCAUUAUCAUCAUCAUCAUCACCACCACCAUCAUCAUCAUUAUCAUCAUCAUCAUCAUCAUCACCAGCACCACCAUCAUCAAUAAUACCAUCAUUAUUAUCAUUGCCAAAUUUCAAUAUCACAUCAAUCAAUACUGAUCAAUUAAUUAAUGAUUUUAAUUUAUCAAUAAAAACUACAGAAGAUUUAUUUUUAACAAUAAUUGAUUGUAAACAAUAUUAUGAUCCAAUGAAAUGUUUACUUAUUACUGAAGAUGAUAUACCAACAGUAAUAGAUCCAUUUUUUUUAAUUGAAACAAUAUGUAUUAUAUGGUUUACAUUUGAAUUAUUAAUACGUUUUGCAUCAUCACCAGAAAAAAUUGCAUUUUUUAAAAAUAUUAUGAAUUUUAUUGAUAUUGUUGCUAUAAUACCAUAUUUUAUAACAGUUGGUACAAUGGUUGCUGAUGAAAGUAAAAGUCAAAAUCAAGCUAUGUCAUUAGCUAUAUUAAGAGUAAUACGUCUUGUUCGUGUAUUUCGUAUAUUUAAAUUAUCAAGACAUUCAAAAGGUUUACAAAUACUUGGUCAAACAUUAAAAGCAAGUACACGUGAAUUAGGUUUAUUAGUAUUUUUUUUACUUAUAUGUGUAAUAUUAUUUUCAUCAGCUGUUUAUUUUGCUGAAGUUGAUUCAGAUAGAACAUAUUUUCGUAGUAUACCAGAUGCAUUUUGGUGGGCUGUAGUUACAAUGACUACAGUUGGUUAUGGUGAUAUGAGACCUGUAACAAUGUGGGGUAAACUUGUUGGAUCAUUAUGUGCUAUUGCCGGUGUACUAACUAUUGCUUUACCAGUACCUGUGAUUGUUUCAAAUUUCAAUUAUUUCUAUCAUAGAGAAACUGAAACUGAAGAUAAACAAACAUUUAUCCAUGUACAAUCGUGUACAAGUUAUGCUAAUUUGAGUUUAAGUAGCUUAAAUUCUAAUAAUAAAUGUGAUACAGAAUCAAUGAUAAAUGAACAACGACAACAAUAUAAACCAAUAGAUACUGGAAUAAAGAAUGAUCAACUUAUUGACACGAAACAUCAAAAUCGAGCUAAAUCAUUGGCAAGUUGGCCAAAUAUACAUCAAGAGGAUAAUUAUCUGGCUAAACGGAAUGAAAAUAGAUCAUCGUUUAAAGAAAAUAAUGAGUAUGAUGACCUUUUACUGUCAAAAUCAACAAUUCAUCCCCCACCAUCGUUAAAUAUAUUGAAUAAUGAGACCGCUUGUACAUUCGUUAACUCAAGGAUUAAUGAAGAUACUAAAGAGCUGAGAAAAAUAAAAUCAACAAAUGAUUCUGGUCCUCUUCCACCUAUCCAAAUAAACUCAAGUAUACAAGAAGAAAAGAGUGCACCAAAUUUAAGCAAAAAGGAUGUAAGUCCAACGCCAUACAUCAGUAAAAUUACUCGAAGUUUAUCUCUCCCUCUCUGUAUUAAAACAGAGGGAGAAAAUAUACCAAAAUCUACCCACUCAUUUAAAGUUAGUGAGCACCUUAAAGGGAGAUUAUUAAGUUGUCUACAUGAAACAAUAAAUGAAUCAUGUGAAAGUCAAGUUGUGGACUCUAAAAACAACCAAUAUUUACCUGUAAGAUAUUACUUAGAAGAAAAUAUUGAUAAUCAUCAAGAUGAUCAGGAUGAUACGUAUAAUACUAACGAAACUAGUACAGAUAAAGAGAUAAACGAAGUCGAUAUAUCAGAGAAGCUAUUCAGUGAACAAAAACAAACAGUACUUAAAAUUGCAGAUGACAUUACAAUCUCAACUUCACUUGUACAUUCACCAGAUGAUAAAACAUGUCAUAAUCCACCAGUUCAGUUUGUUUCCAACCAUGACUGCAUCAAAAAACCUGUAACUAGCACUGGUAGUGAAACUGUGAAAACGAAAAAAUCUAAAGCCUACCCUUCUAAACAACAACAGUCAUUUAAUAAAACUAUUGAAACGGACGUCUGAAACACCUGACAAAAUCAGUGAACUACUUUGAAUCCAAUACCUUUUACAAUAUUACCCGAACUUACAUGAAUCCUAUUUACAUAUAACUGUCGUUAUAUAUAUUAUCCAAGCAUAUAUAGUUAUGGUUGCAGUCAAUAAUCUACAAUAAUUUCGAUAUAACCGUAUUCAAUAUAUACGUAUAAAUACGUAAGCUGAUCUUAGCAUAUAUCCAGCAAACUACUUAUUAUUUAAUUCAGUAGCUAAACGAUUGUCUGUAAAAAAUGUCCCACAUCAUUCUCUCACGUAAGUACCGAAGAUUUCAAAGGUACAUUACAAAUACAUCAAUAAUUCUGUCUUCAAUUGUAAAUAAAAUGUAAUUUUUCAAUAAACUAAAAAGGUGACUACUUCCACUAUUCAUUUGAGAUUAAUAUUAUUCGACUUGAUUUAUUUUAUUCUUUUCUUUUUUUAUAGAAGAUUUCGUUGAAAACUGUGUGUGAACCUAUUCUUUUCUUUUCCAGUGAUACUAAUCUACUUUCACUAUCUGUGUAUUUCAUAAUUAUAAAAAGUAAAGUAUUCUCAGUGAAUAAAGAGUACUUUUAUUUAAACAAAAAUGUUCCUGUUUUUUCUCUCGACACACUUGCCCUACUACUACUAAUAAUAAUCUUACUACUACUAGUACUACUACUAAUACUACUACUACUACUACUACUAAUAUCAAUACUAAUACCACUACUAUGUAUAAAUAUAUAUACAUUUGUAUUUUUGUAACAUUCUCUUAUAGUUGUUUAAUAUUUCAGUCAUGUAUUAUGAUCUAUGAAGAUCAAUCAGGACUGUUUUGUUUUGUUCUUUGUUGUUUUUGAAACAAAUAACAUUUUAUUUAUAUAUGGGUAUGAUCAUUUAUUAGAUUAUCUUAGUUAUUUAUUAUAUGUUAAAUGAUUGAACAAAAUUGGUAAGGAUGUAUAAGUGCAAGUUCUUUAUUAAAUAAUACGAGUU